AUGUUUUUGCAGGUUGUCAAAUGUCCAUCGCCCAAAAAAGUCAAGGAACUCAAUGCACCCUUCACAAAGAAUUUUUUGACGACUUCGACCCCAGUCCGGAGUGAUGAGGAGCUGUCAGACAAUGAAGAAGAAAUGGAGCAAGAUGAUGACCCUUCAUACGUCCCUGACCCCAAAGACAUUGAUGCAGAUGACAAUGAUGAUGAUACUGGUUUUGACGAUUUUAAUGACUGUUUAUACGAAUUCGCUCUAUUAAUUCCCGGGGAGUCUCCCCAAAAUGCACCUUCCCACCAACAAAACCUGUUCCUAGUUGCAGAGUCUUCACUUCUUGACCUCUUUCGGUUUUGCCCAGUUUGCCGGUCGGAAUGUGAAAGGAUGGUUCAAUCAAGAAUUGGUACGAAAAUAACAGUGACGCAGAAAUGUUAUUCCUGCAAGUUCAUUACAAGCUGGGAUUCGCAGCCCUCAGUUGGAGACAUUCCUGUUGGGAACAUCACGCUGUCCUCUUCUAUCCUCUUUGGUGGUGGAAGCCCAACAAAAGUGCUGAAGAUAUUGAAACAUAUGAAUGCGCCAACGAUAUGUUACUCAACGUUUAUGAAUCACCAAAAGAAGUAUCUACAUACUGCUGUGCAGAGGACAUACCAACAGCAACAGUCUAGGCUGCUGAACAACAUCAAAGCUGAAGGGAGGGAAUUAAUAGUGGGAAGUGAUGGCCGCUGUGACAGCCCUUGUCAUUCAGCUAAGUAUGGAACCUACUCCCUUAUCGAUGCCGAGCAAAAUAAAAUCCUAGAUUCUCAAUUGGUACCGGUUUGUACUGGAUUAAAUUAAAAAAUGGACUCAUAGAAGUAUUUUUGUGCUAAGUAAUACUGCAUUUUAAUUGAUACUUAUCUUUAGAGCGACGAAGAGAAAAAAAAACUCAGGUGCUAUGGAAAAAGAGGGGCUAGCUUGCAAGAUCACUCACAUUCUUAACUGGAGAAGGAUUGUCCAUUAACACCUUAAUAACAGACGGACAUGUGCAAAUAAGAAAAUACAUGAGGGAGAGAUGGCCCGGAGUUAAGCACAGGUUAGAUGGUUGGCAUGUUAGAAAAGGUGAAUAUUUGGAAAAAAUAUAAUUUGGAUUAAAAUCAACCGGCACAAUUUUUAGCAACUAGUGACUGUAAUUUUAUUUAGGAACUGGAAAGAAGAUUUGUGAAGGUGAAUUA